AUGGUGUAUUUCCAAGGAUUCCAAGGCUUUGGGUUUGGAGAUGGUGGCUUCCAAAUGUCAUUUGGAAUUGGGGCGUUUCCCUUUGGUAUUUUUGCCACGGCAUUCAACAUAAAUGACGGGCGACCUCCUCCAGCUGUUCCAGGGACUCCUCAAUAUGUGGAUGAGCAGUUCCUAUCCCGCCUCUUCCUGUUUGUGGCUCUGGUGAUUAUGUUCUGGCUGUUGAUUGCAUAAAUCGUUUCCAUUAUUCUGAAUACUCAUAGCCAGAAAGGCUACUGAAACAGUUACAAACUGCUUCCCAUCCCAUUUUAAACCUCUUGGUGUCUGGUUCCGUAGCUAAUCACGGGUUUCAGAAAUUUUUGGUACUGCAGCACAGUGAAGAAUCUCACAUUUUUGCACCACGGUUGGAAAUUAAACAUUGGUUAAAAUGUAUUUCAGCUCGGCUGUCUAGUACAACAGGUUCUGACCACAAACCCUGGGCCUAGCUUUGAGCUCUGCUCCUAAAAGGAGUGCUGCUUUGAAAUCCUGUGCCAAUCAGUUACAACAGGUCUGUGAGAAAGACAGUUGCCCCAAGGUAGACUGGACAGGUAAGGAAACUUCUGCAGCGCCAUCAGUAUCUCAUGCUUGGCAAACAUGGUGGAUCUGCCAGUGCUGUGGCUGUUACUCAGUUUCUUCAAUCAACAUCCAGCCUUCUUCAGGAAAUCACCUGCAGCACAGCUGAGAGUCCUUGGGCACAGCAUGUGAUACAAAUGGAACCAGGUGUGGAGACAGGUUUCUUUUCUUGCUGUUGUUUCCCACAGCAAUGGAAAACUCCUGCCUGAAGCUGCUCUAAUGGUGGUUAGAAGAGCUACUAAUUUAUGCUGCAAUUUUUUUAAAGCCUAAAUUUGCUGGAGCCAGACGCUGGAAGAUUCUCUGAAGAAGCUGGGUGAGGUUAUCGAGCAGUAGGACUUGCCUAUCUGCCUCACCCAGCCCAGUUCCUCGCUGACAUAACAGUGUUGCCUUCCGUGGUUCUGUGCAGCAGCACUUAUGGAUAAUCCCCUCCCAUCCAUGCCACUGCAGCUACAUUUCUUUCUCCCAGGGCUGUGAGACUUCCUACACAAGGUCACAAAUAAAAUCCCAUUAACGACCCUGAAGUUUGGGGAGAGAAAUGAGGGCUCUUCAAGAGAGAUUAGAGCUUAAAUAUGGCAUACCGUAAAAUCAUACGGGAGGAAAAAUGAGAUCCUGCACAUGCCACAGCAAGGAACACUUGGAAGAGCUUCUCUGUGCAGCCAUGCAUGGCUACAACACAGCACAGAACGGCUACAGUGCAAGUCUUGUCAAUAUCUACCAAAGACACGAAUUAGAAGUGCUGGAGGAGACCACGACCAUCUCUGUGCUGAGGGGAAGAUAUUUCCAAAGGUGAAAUGCAGCCCGUUUGGAAUCACGUUGGGUGUACAGCUUUAAAAGUAUUCCUGAUAUAUUUGUAUAGAUUCCUUCAGAAGAGCAGACACGAGGGAUUUCCUAAUGAGAUGAACAAUUUUGAUAUUUCUCUGACUAGACAACUCCAUUUCCUUUUUUUUCUU